AUAUAUCCGUCUUAUUUAUAUCCUUGAUGUAGUUAGUAAAUCAGCCGUGUGGGGAUGAUGAAAAGCUAGUGGUAGUUACUGUUUAAAGAAUGGAACACAGUGCAGGUGUUGUCAUCAUCCUGAUUUUGACUUGCUCGGUCUCGGGAAGCCUUCGUCAAAGCGAAGAAAAAGAAAUAGAUUUGACGCCAGGGAACCCAUCUUCUAUCUCAGUACCAGGCAACAGCAGAGUAAAUCUUGCAGUUCAGUCUAUUCCAGAUGACAAAACUCAUAUUGUGUGUCAAAUACACAGCCACAAGGAUGCCUUGGCAUUAUCUCUGAGUCCAUCCUUGUCUCCUGACUCCACAGAAACAGGAACUGAUGUUGGUGUUACUACAGUACUGUCAAUGGGCCAGACAGAUAUGUCUUGGUACAUAAAGUCAAAUCACAAUCAUACAGUUCAGGCUUUAGUGACUGUUAUCUGGUAUACAUUGAAAAGUCCUAUUCCAGGUGGCUGUAACUUCGAAUUUAAGUAUGAAAAUGAUCCGAAUUUUCACCUAACAUUUGACUCCACUAAGACUUUGACUAGGUUCCAGUGGUCAAGUCAUGGGAGAAGUCGAUCUAGGGCCCCUGACCCUGAUGAUUGUGAACACUUGUCAAAGCCACUACAAUAUGACAUGUAUGUCUACUACCUUCCUGGUGGGGAUUUCUCUCAGCAGAAACACUUUGCAGGAAUACAGAAAAUGAUGACUGUGGCAGAUGUGUUAAAGAAUGGUAAGAAGCUAAGAAGCCUAACAGAUGACAAAACAACGACCAUUUCUGAUUUGACAAUGUCAUCCUAUACUGGUCAGGGCACAAUAUACAACAUCAUUGUCACAGAUACCAAGUUGGGACCAGAUUCGAGGGCAGCCUAUGUUCCAGUCGCCACAUAUGCAUGUGAUCUAGACAAUACUGACAAGUGUCACAUGAUAGGAACUGGAGGGAAAGUGUUGGCUGUAUUUGGAGGAAUGCUGGGCCUGUUCCUGGUUAUACUGGGACACAGAUUCUUUAGGACAUCCACCUUCCUGGCAGCAUUUCUUGGCUUUGGACUUAUAUCUGUCAUUCUGUUCGAACGUCUUACCACCCAAUCUAUUGUAGUGGUGAUGGUUCUGAGUGCUGUGAUUGGAGUUGUCAUGGCUACAGGAUGGUUGGCGCUGUGGUGGUGUCACGGAAUCCACACAAUAACUGUCUUGUUCACUAGUCUGACCUGUGGCUACAUCAUUUCCAGUAUUGUUUUCUUCAGUCCACUGGGAAAUUUGAACUACUGGAAUCGUGAGUUUAACUAUGGAAUGACAUUCACUGUGGGAGUGCUCAUCAUACCCGUACUUCUGCUCUACUUCACCAAACAUCUGAGUAUCCUAUCGUGUACAUUUCUGGGAGGCUACUUGGUUUGUAUCACUGUGGAUGUUUUCCUGGAGAGUGGUUUGAAAUACAUCAUUUUAAAUUCUGUUCGACAUGCCAUAGCUCCAGACUACCUGUCUGUGAUAGUAACAGGGCCCUAUCUCACAGCAGAUAUCGCACUGACAUUUCUAUGGGGAUUUUUAUUCAUUGGAGGGUCAAUAUUUCAGUUACUUAGAGAGCGUGGCAAGCCAGAUUUCCCAGAAUCCACCAGGAAAAAUCGCAGGAGAAGACAAUUGGAGAUAGAGGAAGAGCGACAGUCUUUGCUGGGCAGUGGUCGUCCUAUACUGUAUAGCUCUUCUGACCAAACAAGGAUCAACACACCAAGGACUGAGUUGUCUCCCCCUGUGUCCUAGCACACCGAUUAACUGAUAUUAAUUAGAUAGUAGUGCUGAAUCGAAUUAGCACAAUGAUUAACCACCAUGAAUCCACCCAGGAUGUCCUGAUUCAGCGGUUUACCAAAUCUAUCGGGAUCUUUAUGAAACAAGAGCAUGUUGAUAGCAGAAAACUGUUAAAACUGUUAAUACUCAUGAUAAAUUAUAAAAUCUUCAAUUGAAUCAGGACUCAGAUUUCAAGCAGUGGCAGGUUUGAUUGUGAUAGUGAAAAAUUUAGAUUUGUUAACUCCAGAGACGAUUUCAAAUUGUGACUUAUUUCCAUGUUUUUGUAAACUUUGUAACAACAGUACUUGGUCAGCCAUGGUUAUUUUUCUAUAUUAUUUAUUUAAAUGGUAAAGUGCUUUCUGAAUGUAAAUUAAUUUGACAUUAUUGCAAGUGAUCUGGCAAAUCUUAUGAAUCUGAAAGAAUUGCCAGAAAAUAUGUUGGAAUAAUUACCAGAAACAUUUAGUAUUAAUUGGUAUUUGGUUAUUCCUCACCUUAUAUGAUUGAUUCAGUCCAGGAAGUACCUGUUACAAUUACAGUAUUAUCAUUACAUUGGCUGUCUAGUACUGUAAAUGUAAAUAAAUCAAUGUUUAUUGUUAAAA